UUAUGCAUUGAAUUUAUUUAUUUAUUUUUUAAAUUUCCUUUUUCGGUCAUCCUCGUGACUGUGCUGCUCGCAGGCAUGAAGACCCCAUUUGGAAAGGGAGCUGCAGGGCAGCGAUCCAGGACAGGCACAGGAGAUGCUAGUGUAUCUGUAACCAUGAUGAAAAAGAAGGCUGCACACAAGAAACAUCGGAGCAGACUCACGUCCCAGGCUCGGAGAAAUAUCGUGGGCUGCAGAAUUCAACACGGAUGGAAAGAUGGAGAUGAACCUCUAACACAGUGGAAGGGAACCGUACUGGAUCAGGUACCUGUAAAUCCCUCUCUGUAUCUUAUCAAAUAUGAUGGAUUUGACUGUGUUUAUGGAUUGGAACUUCACAGAGAUGAAAGAGUGUCAUCACUUGAAGUCCUUCCCAAUAGAGUUGCAUCAUCUAGAAUCAGUGACACACACUUAGCAGAAAUCAUGAUUGGCAAAGCAGUGGAACAUAUUUUUGAGACAGAAGAAGGUUCCAAAAAUGAAUGGAGAGGGAUGGUCUUAGCUCAGGCACCUAUCAUGAGCACAUGGUUUUACAUCACCUACGAAAAAGAUCCUGUGUUAUAUAUGUAUCAGCUCUUAGAUGACUAUAAAGAUGGUGAUCUCCGCAUCCUUCAAGAUCCCAAUGAUUCUCCUCCAGCAGAGAGGGAACCAGGAGAAGUUGUAGACAGCCUAGUAGGCAAACAGGUGGAAUAUGCCAAAGAGGAUGGCUCCAAGAGAACGGGCAUGGUCAUCCAUCAGGUAGAAGCAAAACCCUCCGUGUACUUCAUCAAAUUUGAUGAUGACUUCCAUAUCUAUGUCUACGAUUUGGUAAAAACAUCUUAGAGGUCAUGUUGAAAUUUGUUAAGUAUAUUUGUAAAGUCUGUACACACAAAAUGCUUUCAUGCUUGACAGUUUGUAAAAACCAUCUCCUUUUUUGCACAUUUUUUCUGAUAGUUUUGGAAGAAACUUUUUGCCGUUCUCUUCAGCCUUUUCACUAGUUCUUCUCCACAGGACAAUGAUUUCACUGAGUAGUAUGAAGAGUAAGAUGUAGCAUCCACUGGCCCAUACUUUGCUCUUGGGAGAAGGUAGUAAGUUGAAGGUAGCUAAACACCUCUCACCUCUUUUUGAUACUAGGAUCCUCUACACUCCGAGUUGUGAAGCUUCCUGAGAUAGCCCAUGUGAUGCACUAAGUGUGUUAGCAAUCUCAAAUCUCACCCAUAGAUGGCUUCACAAGUCUUAAUUUAGAAAGGAGUACAAAGCUCCUUUUGGUCACGUGUCCAAGUUGCAUUUUCAGUUCUAACUUACUAGGAUGAUCACUUUGCAUGUUAAUACAUAAACACAGAUUGAAUAACUUUACAUUAUUGAUGAGGACCAAAUUCCAAAUGGAAAAUUCAGGUGGAGAUGAAUUUUGGUGAUCAGAGGCAUUAAGAGCUGUCUUGUCUAUAUCAGUUUUGGAUGACAGUUGUAAAUAUACAAUGGAUCUUAACAAGUUUGGGCUGUACAGGCACGCUUCACCACAAGUUGGGUCUGCUAGCCGUAAGUUACAUUAAGCUAGCCCCACCUAGGAUAUUCAUUCAUGGAGCAAAGGAAGACUGAGUUUUAAUAAGGGGUGUCAGGGGUGUCCAGGUACUCAAAAUAAAAGAGCAGAAAUCUGGAAUCUGAAUGAUACAGAUUUCUUUCCUAGUCCAAGAAUGAUUUUUUUCAAAUUUUUAGAUUAGGUUUUAGCUUUGGUUCUUAGGAAACAUCAGUCACAACAUAGGAGGUGAGCAGGGUAUUUACCCAAACCAGGAAAGACUGAAGAAAAAUAGGUUUUGAUUCUUUGCAAAGAUGGAAAGUCUCAUCUAUCAUGCUUUCCCAGCAGAACUGUGGAGUACAAAUAGGGCUAGAUCAUCUGUAGACCUAAUGAUGUUUUAAGUGCUGGCAGUGGUAGAUAGAAAUCUAAUGUAGUUUUGUUUUCCAAUUCUAUUACUUGGCUCAUCCUAAGAAACUCAUGAGCAAAUAAGAGUGAACCCUACUGCAAAUUACAAUAAACAAUGGAAGGAACCUUCAUUAUCGGUGGGGUUCUGACAUAAUCUCCAUAAGCAGUAGAAAGGUAAUAAGACCUGGAAACUGCACAUUUGGGGCUAGUACAAUCAGUUGUUUAGGACAUAUCUUCCAAAUUAGUUUAAGUUCACAGGUCAUGGAAUCCAGACUGCCAGCACAGACAGCUUGGCAACAUGCUGAGGAGGAAACCAAGAAGAUAUUCUCUUUUCCCACUUUUUUUUUUCUGUCUACUUUUCUUAUUUUUGGUGCCAGUAAGUCUCAGCUGUGAAAUUUGAUUCACAGCAGCAGUAUGGGUCUGAUUUGCCCUUAGUCCUGGGGGCAUACAUUUGGUUGGGCUAACUGUUCUCAUGGUUGGGGGUUAGUGUGGUUUUUUUUUUUUCACUUUGAUGGGAGGUUCGAUACCUUGAUAAUUUGAUGUCCUGUGGACCCCUUGGACUCUGAAAAAUGUAUGAUAUGCCAUUGUGGGGUUAGAUUAAUUCAGCUCCUUAGGUCUUGAAGGAACGACAGCCAACCAAGAGGAUGACAGCCCAGGCUGCAGCUGCUGAAGGAUCCCCACUCAUGUCUAUCCAGACAUCUUUGUGAGAUAUAUAUGGCUGAAAUGAGAAAAACAAGAAAUUGAGAAAGGCAGAAUUUUGGACAUUAAUUCCUUUGGACUUCAAUAGAAAUUUAAUUUGGAGCAUUCAUUUAAUAGUUGGGGAGGGUGUCAUAGAGUUGAAAUUAAUACAUUUUCAUUGCAUUGUUGACAUUGUAUUAUCUGCACUAUUUGAAUGUUGUUUUCAGAGGCCAUUUUAUAAUUUUGAUAAGCUAUGUUAGGUAGUAUGGUUUGGACAUAAUUGUAAAUUGGAAAUAAAAUAGUGAGUGAAAUUUUAGCUGCAGGUAUAGUGUAGCUUCAGAGUUAAUUUAAUUUCUGUCCUGUUGUGACUCACUUCAGAGACUCUCAAUGGCCAGAUUUGAACUGGUCAGCAAUUUACACAGGGGGGACCAUAGCUUUCCUAAGAAUAAAUACACAGCGAGUCUCCUUGGAAGGGGCAGCCCACCACAGCCCUGUUAUUGACCAGAGUCUUAAAUGUUAACUGCUGUGAUUUCAGGGGACAAAGUGUCCAACAAUGUGUUGUGGUCUGUCCUCUACCUUAAUGCAUGUUCCUGACUGAAGGAAGCAAAAGAAUUCACCUCUCAAAAGUAUUCGUUAAAAAAGUUGCUACCCGUGUCCCAUUAAUAUUAUUUUGGUACUUUGUGGAGGGGGCGGGUAGUAAACUUAAUGAGAUUGAGAAAAGGAUUAUAUUAGCUAGGGAACCUAGCCACUUCUUGGCCCUUCGUCUCAUUGCUCACAGUGCUGUGGGAAAGACUUGAGUCUUGCACUACAUAGCUGAGCGAACCUUUGCUACUUUCUGCUUGAGAAAGAGAAUGCAGAAGUCUUUAGAUGUGGGUCAAAAGUUCGCUUUAGCUUCAGGUGCACGCUUUACUCUCCAAUUUAGCCCUAUCAACAACAAAGCCAAUACCUGUCGUUUAAUUAUUGUUAAUAUAUAAAUUGGGUUUUAGAAAAACAACACAAGCUUUUGGUGAAAGUCAGACAGUACAAAAAGAUACACAGUAAAGGCUAAGUCUCUUUCUUUAUUCCCGCCCCUGGCCUCCUUCCCCUAGUCCUACUUCCCAAAGGUAACCACUGCUACCAUGACUUAUGUAUCCUUCAGAGCUAUUCCUUGUAUUUGCAAGCGUAUUGUGUGUGAGUAUGUGUGUGUAACAAUCUUUUUUAAACACAAGUGGUGGCAUACUAUACAUGCUGUUCUGAAAUUUGCUUUUUUUUUCACUUACUAUAUUAAAGUUGAUAUUU